AUGGCUCCAAAGGUUCAACAAACUAAGGCCGCCAAGGCUGCUGCUGCUUUGGCCGGUGGUAAGAAGGGUAAGAAGAAGUGGAACAAGGGUAAGGUUAAGGACAAGGCUCAGCACGUUGUCAUUUUGGACCAGGAGAAGUAUGACAGAAUCAUCAAGGAAGUGCCAGGUUUCAAGUACGUUUCUGUCUCCGUCUUGGUUGACAGAUUGAAGAUCGGUGGCUCUUUGGCUAGAGUUGCUUUGAGACAAUUGGAGUCUGAUGGUGUCAUCAAACCAAUCGUCAAGCACUCCAAACAGGCCAUCUACACCCGUGCUGAUUAA